ACGCUUCGCAUUUGUACAGUAGCUCACAGUACUACAUGUGCAGGGCGGAGCUUCACAUGCAACAUAACAUUGACAGCGCAACUAGUUUGGUUUAGUCUGGCACGGUAGGAACUCCGAGACUACAGAUGCUUCGACGCUGGGUUAAUUCAGCUUAAGAACCUAGUCCAAUUACCAUGAAGACAGGAGGAGAAAUCCCUCCGUUUCCACCGCUGAGCAACUGAAGAAGAGAAACACCGUGAAUGUGAAUGUUUCCUCAUGACAGCAGGACUAGAGAUGCGAGCGUCGCUCUCGUGGGCUCUGUAUUCAGGGCAAGAUAGCUAGACUUUUCUAAUCUUAUCUGUAAGCCGUUUGUUAUUCCUCCACUAAAGAGCUGCGAGUGGGAUUUCCUUCGUAAAAUUCGACUUUUUUCCAGCUCGCUUCUUAUCAUGGAGAUGUACACGGACGUCUUACUAGUCACUGCAAACGUUGGAUCACUGUUUGACAAUGUGGGUGAGAUUGAAGGAGACUGGCUGCGAGAGUUCUUCACGACGGUCCACAUGUACAAGCCACGCUUCGUCGCCCUGCACUUUCAGGAAGUUGGUGGAAAGGACUAUAUGGUGAACAUGGGCCAUGCAGAGAACUUUUUCUGGACAAUAGAGUCCAGCUCUGAGAUGGCAGACUUUGACAGAGUCUGUGUUUAUGUAGACAGUCAUUUCAAGGCUGUGGACAGUUUCACGGCUCUGGGAAGCAUGUAUUUCAUCCACAAGUCACUGAAAAAUAUCCAACAAUAUGACUUCAAUGUGAAGGAGUUUAAAGCUGUCUCAGGCCAUAACAAGUACGUGGGCUCCCUGGAAGGAGUGACUACCAUGGAAAAAGAGAAAUUCCCCAAGAACUUCUGGCCUGAUUUCAAGUGGUCCAGAAAAGGCUACAUGAGGACACGAUGGAUCAUUCACAACCAGGGUUUAGACCUGGUGAACGUUCACCUGUUUCAUGAUGCCUCCAACCUCAUAGCCUGCAACGCUAGUCCGUCAGUGUAUUCCGCAAACCGCAAGAAAGCUCUCAGAUACGUCAUCAACAGGGUAGCAGAUAACAGCUACAGUCCUCUUCCCUUCUUCCUGUUUGGGGAUUUCAAUUUCCGCCUUGACACACUCAGUCUAGUACAGAACCUCUCCAUGUCGGCUGAUAUCCAGACGGUAAAAAAAGACAGUAGCAACGAGGUAGAAAAAAUCAUUUGUGAAGAGAAAGACAAUGACCACAAGGUCCUCCUUCAUAUAGAGACCAAGUUAUUUGCUUACUUGCACCAGGCUGUGUUCAGAGAAAACAACGGAAAAGAGCUGCUGAAGUACGAUAAGGAGAUCGCUGCAUUCCACGACGUCAUCACAGAGGAGGAUAUCCGGUUUCCUCCUAGUUACCCAUACAGUGAAGACUACACUAAACCUACACAGUACAUGAACACACGAUGCCCGGCAUGGUGUGACCGCAUCCUAAUGUCCCACAACGCGAGAGACAUCAUUCACCGGAGGGAAGAGGGUGAGAGUGGUGUUGUUUAUAACACACUGGGCUCCAACAUCUGCAUGGGAGACCACAAGCCUGUUUUCCUGUUUUUUCCACUGAAGACAAUUUCACAUUGACACUAGGAGAGUCAAAGGGACUUCCUGUGUUGUUGACGGGAACCAAGAGGUUAAUCUGUGGCCAUCUCUUCUGAUCAUGCCAGGGCUCUACAACAAGUACACACUCACUCUCACACACCAAGACAAUGAGAAACCCCUACAGGACCUCUGAAAUCUCCUGGCAAACUCAAGUGGGCACACAAUGUAAAGGACAGAAACUGUUCAUUUUCUGAAAGCUAUGUUCUCUUAGUUUUACUUUUCAUCAUGAUGCACAUUUAACAAAGACUUCAGGUAUGUUCAGCGUGACUUCAGAAAUGUCUGAACAAAGAAAAAUAGGACAAAAUCAAGAAGGACCAAGAGAAAGAACACAAAGGCAGUUCUCAAAGCUCUCAACUCCUGACUUUUUACAAACAACUAAGCUUAAGACUUUGCAUAGAGUAUGUAAACUCAUGCGAAUUACAAUGGCAUGCUUUAAAAAUUACAACUCCAUUUGUUUGUUUUUACUCAUUGUAAGGAUGUGAAUACAAGUACAAGUAUGCUGAAAAUAUCACACCCAAACGCAAGCUGCUGCGACGCACAAGCUUUGGUUGCUGUUUCACUCCGGAAUCUCUUUGCAUUGACAUUCUUCAUCUGUGUGCAUGUGCGUCGAGUAAGUGUGGGCUGAUACUGUAGCUUUCAGCUAGUUGCUUUUCAGUUCUUAUACUUUCUGCAUGUGCGAGUAUGGAUUCAUAAUCUUCUAUUUUUGCAUUUACACUCACCUCAGCAUUUACGGCCAUCAGCGUGUCUUCAGCUUCAGUCAUUGUCUCUGCGGGGUUGUUAGUCAGACUUGCGGAUCAAUAGAAUAUGUACAGGACAGCAAGGGACGAGUUAUAAAGCCAUUAGCACUUGUGAAUCAUGGAAAUCCCACCCAGAGUGCCCUGGCCUGGAAGCCCCCAGAUUUUUAAUUAGAGCACUAGUGCAAUGCUGAAUGCUAAUGUGGAGCGUAGCAUUCGGAGAUCUGUUUGUUGUUUUAAUUGUUUUGGAUCUUGGGUACUUCGUGUUGUUUCGUAAAGUUUUAACAGCUCUUUAUGGUUUUUAUUGGUGUUGGUCCAGCGUUAAAUCUGUUUAAAGCUUGUUGUAAUGACCACGUUUCAUAUAGUAGGAUUCUGUGUGGUAAAUUACUUUAUGCGUUGUGUUAUGUAAUGACUUUAAACUGUAAAUACGUAGGGCUACGUAACUGUUAUUGAAUCACCUUGUUUGUCCAUCUGAAUUGUUGAAGAGAUGUUUGGAGUGACUGAUACUCAGAAAUGUAUUAAUAAUCAAACCGACAAUAUGCAAGAUUGAAGUUGACACACUUUUAUAGUAAAAUAUCCCUUUAAAUGUCCCAGCAACAUGUUCCUCAUUUCAAAUAUCAAACAAACAAUCUCUAUUUCUUACAAUCUGAUUUUUUAACCAAAACUGAAUUUAUAUAUUAAAUCAAUGUAAUCUGAACACCCCCACGCAUAAUUUACGUGUGAGGGUUAAAUCGUACAGCCCACCUGUCAAUAAUGGACUUGUUGAAGUUGAUUCAUAGUAUGGUCAACAUAAUUUACUGUUCCUGGGGGCAUCGCUUCAAACCGUGGUUCAAUAGGAGGCCACGGAGUCGCUGUAGGUACGGCAUUGAUGUCGUUUAGCAUUUGAGAUUUUACAGAUAAACACAAACACUACAGUCUCUUGAGAUUUAUGUGCACUGUUAUUAGCAUGCUAAGUUACACGUGUAUGUAGCCAUUCAUGUUUGCACUCGUUUUGGGGAAGUAUUUUACUUUGCAGUGAUGUGAGCAUUCAUAGUCAGUAAUAAAAGGGAUUUUUCUUUCGUAGCAAUUGUGAAAUCAGUCACAUUGCUUAUUUUAUGUUAAUAAGUUAUUUCUACUUUCUGUGUUACUUUGACUUUUCUUCUUCUUUUUUUUAUUAAAAAAUAGACUUUGUUUGAGGCAUUGUCAUGGAUUCACCCCAGAACCACUGAAACAUAUAUUGUAUAUUAUUAUAUAGUGUCUAUCCAGAAGAUGGAUAAAGUUUAAAGAUAAAUGUUGACUGCUGGGCCAGGGGGAAUCUUGUCGAUAGGAACAUUUGCCAUUAGGAAAUUAUAGGUUGUUCAGAGUAAACACAUGCAUGAAUCAUACUUAAAUGGAAAGUUUACCCAAAAAUAAAAAAAUCUGUCAUUUACUCACCCUCAAAUUGUAUGAGUUUCUUUCUUCUGCUGAACACAAAAGAAGAUAUUUUGAAAAAUGUUGUUAACUGGUCCCCACUGACUUCCAUAGUAUUUUUUUUUCAUACUAUGGAAGUCAAUGGGAACCAACAACUGUUUGGCUACCAACAUUCUUCAAAGUAUCUUCUUUUGUGUUCAACAGAACAAAGAAAAUCAUACAGGUUUAGAACCACUUGAAAGUAAAUGAUGACAGAAUUUUAUUUUUGGAUGAACUAUCCUUUUAAACAGUCAUAUUCAUACCUAAAAAUUGCAUGAGGAGAAAACAGGCUCUUGACUCUCUUAAAUGAUUGAAGAUGUACACGAUGCUUGAUACCGUGCCAAAUAUUAUGUUAUUUCCUCAUAUUGUUUUUUUCCUUUUUUUUUUUUUUUUCCUUUCCAUUUUAUGACUUGUGACAGACCUUGUGUUUGGAAGAUUUGUUGUUACAGAUGUAAGAUGCAGUAAAAUAGUUGCAGUGCAUUUACUCUAGUCGUACCUAAUGUGCUGCCGAAUGUUGGACUGGCCUGAAACGGUCUAAAGACCCUCUUACUGUACUAUAUCUUCUGCAGCACCAAUGAAUGUUUUUCUUAAAUAUGUUAUGUCUUAUUUCCUAAUAAAAUGUAUACUCAUCAACUGACAA